AUGGGGGCCUACUAUGAAGUGAUUCCAAAGUCCUUGUUCAAAUGGAUAUUGGAACAAAAAAUGUUCUGGGUGGCCACGGCGCCGCUCUCCGCGGCGGGGCACGUCAACGUCUCGCCAAAGGGCGGUGCCUGUUUUGGGCUCAUUGAUGAAAAGACCUUUUACUACAUGGACAUGACGGGCUCGGGCAAUGAAACCAUCAGCCACCUAUACGAGAACGGCCGGGUCACGAUCCUCUUCAAUGCCUUUGAGGGCCCGCCGCGGAUCCUGCGCCUGUUUGGUCGCGGUCGCGUGCUCGAGCGCGGCACCGCCGAGUACGCCGAUUUUGUCAAGAAGAACACGGUCGGGACGCACAGCGGCACGAGGACGAUUAUUCUUGUCGAUGUUCACCAGGUUGGCACGUCGUGUGGUUUCUCGGUGCCGUUUUACGACUUCAAGGCCUUUAGGCCGGUCCUGGAUGAGUACUUUGAGAAGAAGGAGAAGCGGUAUCUGAACGGCAAGGAGGAGGAGAGUAUGCCAAGAUAUUGGGCCCUCAAGAAUGCCUGGAGCGUAGAUGGCCUGCCUGGAAUGAAGGUCGGUCAGGAAACGAUGAGAAAGGAAGGCAUCGUGCCUCUCAAGAAAAUGGUGGGCAACUCUUCUUUGGAGAAUAGCAGAAGACCCGUCAACGGGUUCUCUGUCGCGCACCUCGUCCUGGCGAUUGUUCUCAGCGCAUUGCUAUCGGCGUUCCUGACUCUGCACGGGGCCGAUGUUGCCCUGAAUAUCAAGCAGCGUCUGCCUGCGAGGCAAUGA